CUUCACUCAACCAUUAUUCUUUGGGUGAAUUUUGAUCAGCGAGGAUUAUCUUCUUUUUCCAGCAAUAAUAUUAAAAAAUUUCGGGAGAUAAUCAUCAGGCAGGAUAAAUUCGAUUUUUAUUACUGUUAUCGGAAUUUAAUAUAGUAUCAUAUGAAAAUUGUUUUUCUUCCUUUAUUUAAUAUUAAGGAAGAUUUCGAAGGACAAUUUUAAUCAUUUUAUUUCUUUCGAAUAAUUUAGGAGGAUUCUCGUUUUAAACAAUAUCAUAAUUUUUUAACGAUCAGAUUAUCUCUCCGAUAGCAUAAUUAUUGAAAAUUAUUCAUCGUGGGAGCCAAAUAGGCUCAAUUAUUACCAAUAAUUAUUCACAUAACUUUAUACUUGUCUUGUGUCAUCGAUUAAUUCUAAGUUCCAAAUGGAUAUCUUCGAUGGUUGCUUAUGGUUUUUUUCUACAAGCAAAAUGCAAUUUAUCGGUUGCCUCUUAGGCAUACUGAAUUGUUUCUCAGCGGCUUCUAGACCAUUUCGGAGACUGUGGGAUUGGAUAAAAUCCUGAUUAAAAACUUGGAAUUUUUCAACUUAUAAAACUGUCAUCGAACGCUUGUGAUAUAUGUAUCUUUUAAUGUGCCUCUGAUUUCACAAGAUUCCUCUGGUUUAUAUAAUUGACUUUUAUUCGUAUUUUUCCAUUCAUAAAAAUAAUAUUUAAAAAAAUACUAUCAUAUCAAGCUGCUCCAAUAAAAUCGUCUGCGCUUUUGCUUAGAACAAAUCUGUGUAUAUACGGCUUUUAAACUGUUGCAGACGAUAUUAUUGCUUAAGUGACUCAGAAUUUUAAAACAUAUCUGUGAUAUUCAAUAACUUUACUUUCAAAAUGGCUUCGAAAAUUAAACCUGAACUAAAACUGUUACUUGUGUCAAUUUCCAUGCUGCCCAUGAUAUUUUAUUACAGCAUAAGGAAUACGAUUGUAAAGCUAUUGCCGAAGAGGUAUCGUCAAAAAGACAUAUCGGAUCAAACAGUUCUAAUUACUGGUGCCGGAAGUGGCAUAGGUAGAGAAAUUGCAAAAUUGUUCUCUAAGCAUUGUCAAUGUCUUGUACUUAUGGACAUCAAUCUGAAAUCACUGUACGAAACGGAGAAAUUGUUAGGAAAUCAUAAAAAAAUAGCUUUGUAUCAGUGUGAUGUAGCGAAUCGGGAUAAUGUUUAUGAAGUAGCAAGAUUAGUUAAAGAACAAGUCGGUAAAGUAGAUAUAUUAAUCAAUAACGCAGGAAUUGUUACUGGAAAGCCGUUUUUGGAGUUAAAAGAUGAAGAAAUCUUGAGAACAAUCAACGUUAAUAUGCUAGCACAUUUUUGGUUUCUGAAAGCCUUUCUUCCUGAUAUGAUAAAUUCUAAUAAGGGCCAUAUUGUGUCGAUUGCGAGCCAAGCGGGACUGACUGGCCUACCAAACCUCACGGACUAUUGUGCCAGCAAAUUUGGUGCUGUUGGAUUAAUGGAAUCAAUUAAACUGGAAAUAGAAAGAGAACGAUUAGAUGGUAUAAAAACAACAGUAGUUUGCCCGAAUCUUGUUUCAACAGGCUUGUUUGAAGGAACUCAAGCUGUAGUAUCUUCGAUUUUAAAGCCUGAAUCUGUUGCAGAAAAAGUUUUAAAUGGUGUAUUGGAAAACCAAGACGUUGUUUUGAUACCAAGUUGGUAUUGUUUGGCUUUUAGUAUGAAAUUACUCCUACCCAGCCAAGUACUUAGUUACUUUUACAAGCAAAAUGGGGUGACGAAGAUGAUGUCGACCUUUAAAGGCAGAACUAAUCAAGACUUAAAUAUUGACAUUCCUAAGAAAUAUGAAAAUUUAAACGGUUCUGUCCUACAGUAGAGAAUCUGUAGAAUCAAUGAAACAUAAAUAUUAUAUGGUUGUAUAUAAAAAUAUAUAUUUGAAAAGAAAAAAAGUUUUAGAAUGCAUAUAUAAACCAAAAAGCUAUUAUCUGUGUUGAAUUUACCUUAAACUGAGAAUAAGUAAAUACUCUAAAUCUAUAACUUAUCAAUCACAUGCUUUCAAGGUAGGAAAAUUUGGUAUUUUAAGUGAAAAACAGUAGUGUCACAAACAGUCAAUCUCACAAAUCUCCAAUUCGAUGCGUAUUAUUUUUUUUAAUCGUCAUAAUCAAAAAAUUUUUAAUUUUGUAUGGUAAUUUUUUGUUUUCUAAUAACUUUCGUCAAAAAUUGCAGUCAUAAAAUUUUGUAAAUAGAUGUUAUAUCGUAAUUUGAUGAUUUGUACGACUUAACAACUUAAUCUUGCCCUACUUAAAUACAAUUUUCGAUAUUAAUUAUUAGAAAAAUUAACUUAAAAUUACUAUAAUUAAAGUAAAUAAAAAUACCUGCUCAACUGUCUAUGCACAAUUAGUCCAUAAUAGAAUGUGACCCUAGAAGCGUACGAUGACAUUUUCAGUCAGGAGUUAAUAUGUAAAUUUUGAAUGCAAUGCUUCAUUUUAGAAAUGGAGCUUGUAAUGCUUACCAUAAUUUCAGAAAUGCUGCAUAAGAAAUGCCUGACAUAUAUCAACAGUUUAUUUUUAUUCUUUUAAAAUGUUCAAUUUAGGAAAAAGUGGGCACCGUUAAAAAUGCUACAAUUGGGUAGUAAGACUUCAUGAAGAAGAAGAUCACAAAUACCCACACACGUGACCUUUGACGUCAGCACUUGCUGAUCGUUUGUCAGCCAAAUGAAGCGUUAAAGUUAAGCUAAGUUUCUCCACAUAAGUUAGAAUGUUAAUUAACAUAAAGCUAAUUAAAUACAGCCCCGUAUCGUACAUUAAAUUUAUUGAAAUAUAAUUCUUUCUCAUCUACAUCUUUUACUUAACUUAGAUAACUUUAUUAUUUGUUUAUGUAUUUUAUUAUAACCGUGAUAUAUAUUUUCGUUUUGUGUAGUUGCCAACUUUGAAGCAUAAUUAGUUUGUUUUUGCUCUACAUGGCUUCGUGCCUGUCUUUGUGUUAAGUAAGAAAUAUAUAGUAAAAGAAUUGAAAUCUUUUUGAAAGAAUAUAGAACGUGUCACUUAAGAGAAUUGAUACUUGACGGGCUUGGCUUACUCGAGAUGGAAUGGAAAGAGCAGUUGCUAACGUAAACAAAUGCCACGUUUCAACAACCAAUCAGCAUCGAGAUACCCACGCUACGUCACUUUCAGGUAUCCAAUUAUCCUCUGGCCGGUUACAAAAUUUACUAAUUCUGCACUUAACUGUUAGAUAUUUUGAACGAAGUUUACAAAAAUUAUAAUUAUAUGCAAAAAUUUUCAAUUCAUUUUUCUUUCAUUUCAUGCCGUUCUUUCAAUUUAGUGACAAAAGAACUAAUAUCUAAUUCAUUCUUUUGUAUAUACUCUUCUUAAAUCUUUCAUAUUAAUUGAACAAUGAUAGAGGUACAUUAAAAGAUACAGUGAUAAAAUGAACUAAUUAGGAAAACAUUGUGUAUUGUAUAGUUGUGUUUUUAUUUUAAAAUAAAAUCUCUUAAUCUUG